AUGCAUAUCGGAAAAGCUCUCGCACUCAUGAGCCUUAGCUCUGGAGCUCUCUCCUUCAAGAUCCGCGCAUACUCUGGCAAAGAUUGCUCGGGCAGUGCCCACGAAGUCAAUGUAUGGGACAACACUUGUCGAAACACGGAUGUUCCGCCGACAAAUUCUUUCCGAGUGCUGGCCUAUGGCGCUCAUCGCCAGCGAGCUGCCUUUUAUGACCAGAGCAAGUGCAUUGGAGGACAACCAUGGACUGAUUUCUGGGCGGAUGGUGGAAGUGACACUUUCAAAAAGGAUGCCUGCAUCAACUUGGACUUUGACGCGUCAGCCUAUGGCUCUCGUUCAGCUUGA